AUGGUGCGGGGGGUGAAACGAGCGGCGAGCGGCGAGGAGGGUGCGAGGAAGAAGAGGAGAGGAGGGGGAGGAGAGAAUGGCGGAAGCCUUCCACUUGCUGAUGUUCUUCACAAUGGCCUCGAGGAUGAUUCAUCCUCGGCCAUGGUCAGCUCCGAUGAGCUUGAAAUUCCUCAAGACAGAGCGAGGGAGCAGGGAACGUGCAGGUUCAGGUCGAGACGAGGGGACGAGGGGAUGGGAAGGACGAGGACAGAGGAGGUCAGUGUACAGACAGAGAAGCGAGAUCGUGAGACGAGGAUCUCUUCCAUACCUCCAAAAGUGCUGGAGGCUGAUGCGAAGCGUUACUCUUCAGUCUCACCUCGGGAGCGGGCCAUCAUGAGCUCGAGCCCCAGGAGCAGCGACAAGAGGAACCUCGCGCAGGGGUCUAGAGGGUUUGUCAGAUACGUGCUGGGCGAGGUGUCUCCUGUGGUCGUUGAGAGUGAGCUCCAGGAGGCAACACCAGACAUGUUCUUCCCUAAGGUCAACGAAGACUGGACGCCGCAAUGUCCUCCCUUCAUGAAAGUUCCUUUCAAGCUUGAGAAGACGCUGUCCAUCGGCUUUCUUGUCUGUGCAGACUCCUUCCUCUUCAAUUUCACUCUCCUACCCUUGAGGACGAUCUCGGCGGUGGUCGCUUACGUGUGCUCCUUCAUCCCCUUCCUGCAAUGCAGUCGUCCUGUCGCGAUCCUGGAUGAUGUUUCCCGUGCUUGCUUGAUGUUCAGCUCGCUGGCUGUGUUGUUAACAGUAGAUAUCUCUUUCUUGUACCACUACAUCAGAGGACAGAUGUCAUCCUACAUCAAACUCUACGUGAUCUACAACGUGCUCGAGGUCUUCGACCGACUCCUCUACUCGCUAGGACAGGACGUGUUUGACACGCUCUCGAUAUGGAGCGCGCAGGCAAGUUGGCUGGAGGAGAAGGAGAAUGGAAGAUACUCUGCUGCUUUUAGAAGCUAUCAGUUCCGUGCGGUCUAUCCCCUGCUUGCUGUUGCCUAUGUCUCCGUACACUCUGUUGUCUUGCUUGUUCAGGUUGUCACUCUGAACGUUGCGAUCAACUCGCAGAACAAUGCACUGAUCACUCUCCUGGUCGCCAACAACUUCACUGAACUUAAGGGGCAUGUUUUCAAGAAGUUCGAUGAGAGCACGUUGCUACAGGUUGUCUGCGCAGACAUUGUAGAAAGAUUCCAGAUGGUCGUUUGUCUCAGCCUUGUCACUUUGCAGAACUUGGUGGUGGAUGGGAAGCUGAUGAACAAGGCUUGGCUGCAGGACUGGGGCAACAUGGUGGUAGUAGUGUGGUGCACAGAACUUCUAGUCGACUGGAUAAAACACGCGUUCAUCACCAAGUUCAACAAGAUUGAGCCGGAUGUCUACAACAGGUACAGAGAUGUCAUCUGGGAGCACAUCUGCAACGCCUGGCGACUUCGGCAGCCUCACAGGGUCGCCAAGCACGUGGGUUUCGUCUCCCUCCCUAUCGCCUGCGUCUUCACCCGGGUGGUGCUGCACACGCUGACCCCCGAGCACAUCAUAGCCAUCCGUCAGAACUGGAAGGUGCUCGUGCCCCUCGGAGUCGUGUGGUGGUGUGUCCUUUGUCAGAUCAAGAUGAACUUGUACCUCGUCCUUCUCGGACACGCGUGCAAGCGAAGGAUCAGGAAGCAGGAGAAGUUUGUGGCAGCCGAGGAUGAAUUCCGCCAGGCUGGAGGAAGAGCCUCACAGAAGUUCCAGAGCCCACGAGCAUCCCCAGCUGACAUUGACAAGGAGGCGCACGAGGCUGCGGUGGUGCAGGAGCUCAUGGGCGUCGAGAUGUUCACGAGGACGAGGAACGUGACCAAGAUGGACGGGCAGGCAAACAAGAGCCCUGUGCUUCAUCCUUCUACUCCAGGCAAGCCUUCCUUGGGAUACGUGAGCGCGUACCCUCCGCAGAUGGAGCUUAAUCCAGUAGGCAUCUCUCGAUGCACGUCGACGACCGAGCUGAGCAAGAAGGUGACCUAG